AUGUUUUUAUUUUCUAAAACAGAUCCUGAGCAGGUUCAUCAAACUCUACAUGUGGACUACCCAGCUGCAUCUCCAGCAAACCAAGAUAAUUCACAGGGCAAGAAAAAUCUUGAUGAGGAUCCAGUUGUACAGUCCAUUUGGCCUAACAGUUCAGAGUCCAAAGAAACUGACAAAUAUUUCUCCAAGCAUAGUUUCCCUGUUUCACUUGUACAAAACUUGUUUCCACAAACUUCCAAUGCCAAGCAAUCCAGUUCCACACCACAAAAUUCACAGCUGGAUUCUUUAAGAACCAUGGACCAUAAUUUCAACUAUUAUAUAAUUCCAUUAGCCCAGUUUCAUCCAGCAUCUUCCUUGAAAGAAAUGAGUUAUGGCUACUCUUCCGCAUCAUUUAACUCAGAGUCAACAGGUCUCGAUCAACAUUGUUUCAGCUUCCCCCAUUACAACAAUUACCAGAUGCCAUUUCCAGUGGGGACUCAGAAAUCAGCCUGUCCCAGUUGUCAGUGCACCAGCUCAUGCUUGGAAAUAAUGGACAUGAAUCUGCUUCACAGCCAGGUGCAACCAAAAUCUGCUUCAAAGGAGAAGCAAUUUUCGCUUACUGGAAUAAAUAUUCCAAAUAAUACACUAUCACAAAUGGUUCCAAUACCAUCAGCUACACCACUAAUUCUGAAAAAUAGCCAAAUGUCUACUGCACCCAAGAUCCAGACUGAUGGAACAGUCUGUUCUGUUUCUGAAGCAUCAGGAGUUCUUGUUUCUCCACUACAAAAGCAAAGCAAUUACUAUUCACAAUCUUGGGUUUCCAAACACUGUGAUCAGAAUAACUGUGCAUCACCAAGCAAACAAUCCUUGAUGUCUAUGAAGGAUGAAAGCAUGACUUCUUACAUUUACAGUGAAAAUAUGAACAGUAUAUUACAAAGUCAACCUCCCAAUCUCAUGCUUUUAGCUGAUGUUGCCUGCAGUCAGAUUCUCCAUGACAAUAAAUUAUAUCGUGUUCCUGUUAUCCAGUCUACAAAUAUGAAGUCUGCUAAAGCAUUAAAUAAAUGAUAGUCUUUCUCAUUUUAAUAUUCAGAAAACACAUCUCAUAACUUGUAUGCAGUUCUGCCUAUUAAUGAAGUUAGCAGUUUACAUAAAUUACUGGUACUGUUUAAAAGAUGUACCAUAUUAAAUGUAAAAUUCAAAUCUGAAAUAAAUUUAAUGAGGGAAAAAACUGUUUAGUUUAUUUAAAAUACUUACAGUUCACUAAAUGAGGUCUUUACGUAUAUGUUUUAGUAAUUCAGAUUUGUUGUUCCAAUAUAGACUUUGUUUUAGAGUGCUGUUUUUGUUUUUUUUAUCUUGACAAGAUCAUACUUUUAUAUCUUUAAUUAAUGUAUGACUAUUAACCAAGUGUACAUCAUACAUCAUCAUUAGUACAAUUUGUGAUUGACUUAUGGUAAUAUGUAUUAAUAUUUGCCAUUUACAACAAAUGUGCAUUAGUCAAAGUUGAAACAUUAAUGCUGUUUUACAUUUCUUAUUUAGAAAAUAUGUAUGUAGCUUAAAAUUGUCUAUUACCUUGUAUUAGUUUGAAACUGGUUUUUCUUUUUCAGUU